AUAUUCAACUCGCUGUCUAGCCUAUUAUACAAAUAAUGCAAAAAUAUUCCUACAAUUCAUAUUCAAAAACAAGAUAUCAGUCAGUUCAGUAAGUGCUACAGUAAAAGUCAUAGAGUCAAUAUUUUCACUCAAUAAACAAACAUUUAUUUGUUUUUGAAAAUUUUUUGUUAAAAUAAAUUUUAAAAAAAAUAUGAUUUUUUUGGCAACAAUAAUAUCCCUUAUAAUUGGAUGUCUAGGAAUUUAUUUAUAUUCAAAAAUAAAUAUAUUUAAACGUUCAAAUGUUCCACAUAUGAAACCGUGGCCUAUUGUAGGCAAUAUGGGUUCUGUAAUUUUUAAUAAAACCUCCCUACCUAAAUUGCUAAUUAAUUACUACAAUUCAAUACCACAAGCAAAAUAUUUCGGUUUUUAUGAAUUUACAAAUCCAAUUAUCGUGAUAUGUGAUCCAGAAUUGAUUAAAUCGAUAGGAAUAAAAAAUUUUGUACAAUUUACAAAUCGUCAUGGAUUUGCUGAUGAAAAUCAAGAUCCAAUUUUGGGUUACGAUCUUUUCUCACUGAAAAAUGAUAAAUGGCAUCAAAUGAGAAAUAUACUAACACCAUCAUUUACAUCAAGUAAAAUGAAAAUAAUGUUUAAAAUAAUAUUUCAACAAUCUGAUAAUUUUAUAAAUCACAUUUUUAAGGAGACAAAAACAAUUGAAAUGGAUAUGAGAAAAUCAUUUCAAAAAUUAGUAAUAGAUUUAAUAGCUUCUUGUUCUUAUGGAAUUUCUUCAAAUUGUGUCAAUGAUGAAGAAAAUGAUCUUUAUAUACUAGGACCAAGAGCAGUAAAUUUAGAGACUCUAAAGAGAAAGAAAUUUUUUCUAUCAAUGUUUCCUAAAAUUUGGAAAACAUUUGGAAUGACAUUUCUCAAUAAAGAUAUCACAAAAUUAUUUCAAAAUAUAGUUGAAUCAACAAUAAUGGAUAGAAAAGAAAAAAAUCCAUUUAUUUCAAAUAUGAUACAUUUAAUGAUUGAUGGAAAUGAUAAAAAUAAAAAUAUCACACUCAAUGAAAUGUCCGCUCAAGUAUUUAUUUUUUUUCUCGGUGCAUUUCAUACAACAUCUGGAUUAUUAACAUUUUUAUGCUAUGAUUUGGCAAUUAAUCCACAAAUACAAAAGAGACUUCAAGAAGAAAUUGAUUCACUUCAGGAAAAAUUUAAGAAAAAAUUAUUAUCUAAUGAAAUUAUUGAUGAUGAUUAUUAUAAAGAUAUUAAUAAUUUAACUAUUUUGGAUGCUAUUGUUAAAGAAGCAUUACGAUUACAUUCAUUGGUACCAAUUUUAGAGAGGGUUUGUUCUGAUAAUUUUGUACUACCACCAGCUUUGCCUCACUCAAAACCAUUUACAUUAAAACGAGGAACAAUGCUUUGGAUUCCAGCUCAAGCGAUUCAUCAAAAUCAAAAUUAUUACAAUGAUCCAAAUAAAUUUGAUCCUGAUCGAUUUCUUAAAGAUGAAAAAAUUCUUAUCAACACUCCAAAAUAUAUGCCAUUUGGAAUUGGUCCGCGUAAUUGUAUUGCGUAUAGAUUUGCAUUAUUAAUAUUCAAAGUUGUUGUUUUUCAUUUUUUUGCAAGAUGUAAUGUUAAUGUUUGUUCGAAAACUCCAAUUUCUUUGGAAAUGAGUGAUAAAACUUUGACAAAUGUUCCAAAGAAUGAAAUUUGGUUGCAAGUUGAGGAAAGAAAAUUUUAGAAAAUUUUUUUUUAUUUAAAAAAAAAUUGAUUCAAAUAAAAAUUAUCCAGUUCGAGUAAAUAUUUAUUUUUUAUCAUAAAAUUUAUUUGAUUAAUGUAAUAAAAUUUUGAAUAAAAUAGUUUUUUUCAACAUUUAUUAAAUAUUGUUUUG